AGAUUUCUGUGGUUCCUCAAGAUGUCAGUCUUAAUCUCAGGACUUGGCAUUGUUUUAUUUAUGUUCAGAAGUGUGUCCCUCCGUGCAGAGUUCAGUAGCCUCACAUCAGGGCUCCCACGUCCCGCCAUGGCUGUCCGGGUGCGGAACCUUCUACCUGAGGAGCGUCUCAGGAACCUCUUUACCUACGACGGAAUCUGGCUGUUCCCGAAAAAUCAGUGCAAAUGUGAAGUCACCAAAGAGCACGGCUAUAACUUUCAGGAUGCCUACAGCCAGAGCGACCUCCCUGCGGUGAAUGCGAGGAGACAGGCUGAAUUCGAACAUUUUCAGAGGAGAGAAGGGCUGCCCCGCCCAGCGCCCCUACUGGCUCCGCCCAACCUCCCCUUUGGGUACCCGGUCCACGGAGUGGAGGUGAUGCCCCUGCACACAGUUCCCAUCCCAGGUCUCCAGUUUGAAGGACCCGAAGCCCCCACCUACGAGGUCACCCUGACAGCUUCUCUGGGGACACUGAACACCCUCGCUGACGUGUCAGACAGUGUGGUGCAGGGCAGAGGUCAGAAGCAGCUGACCGUUUCGACCAGUGACCGGAAGCUUUUGAAUUUCAUCCUCCAGCAUGUGACAUACACCAGCACGGUGUACCAGAACCACGGGGUGGAUGUGGUGAGUCUGGAAUCCGAGUCCUCAGUGGCCAAGUUUCCAGUGACCAUCCGCCACCCUGUCAUACCCAAGUUAUAUGACCCUGGACCAGAGAGGAAGCUCAGAGACCUGGUGACCGUUGCCACCAAAACUUUCCUCCGUCCCCAUAAGCUCAUGACUAUGCUCCGGAGCCUUCGUGAGUAUUACCCAGACUUGACGGUGAUUGUGGCUGAUGACAGCAAGGAGCACCUGAAAAUUAAUGACAGCCACGUGGAGUAUUAUGCCAUGCCCUUUGGGAAGGGUUGGUUUGCUGGUAGGAACCUGGCCAUAUCUCAGGUCACCACCAAAUACGUUCUCUGGGUGGACGAUGACUUUUUCUUCAACAACAAGACCAAGAUUGAGGUGCUGGUGGAUGUCCUGGAGAAAACUGAACUGGAUGUGGUAGGUGGCAGUGUGCUUGGAAACGUUUUCCAAUUUAAGCUGUUGCUGGAGCAGAGCAAGAAUGGGGACUGUCUUCACCGGAAGCCGGGCUUUUUCCAGCCCGUGGAUGGCUUCCCCAGCUGCGUGGUGACCAGUGGCGUUGUCAACUUCUUCCUGGCCCACACAGAGCGACUCCAAAGAGUGGGCUUUGACCCCCGCCUGCAGCGAGUGGCUCACUCAGAGUUCUUUAUUGAUGGGCUCGGGAGCCUGCUCGUGGGGUCAUGUCCAGAGGUAAUUAUAGGUCACCAGUCCCAUGUUCCAGUGGUGGACCCAGAGCUGGCCUCCCUGGAGAAGACCUACAGCACGUUCCGGGCCAACACUAAUGCUGAGGUCCAGUUCAAGCUGGCUCUCCACUACUUCAAGAACCAUCUCCAAUGCUCCACAUAAAGGUGCCCAGGCAUGGGAAAAGCACGAGGCUGACUGGUUGUGGGUAUCUAGAACAGUGGAACUGGUUGUUGGGCUAUCAAAAAAUGGACUCCUGAUAAGAUGAACUGCAAUGAAACGUCUAGUGGGUAGGGCAAAUGGGUCAAGUUAUAGGAAGUACCAAUCAAAGGUUAAGGGUCAUUAAAAAUGAACCAAUCACUGAUCGGGGCAAUGGAGACUGUAUUAAUAACAAUCAUUGUUUAUUUGUGUGAUGCCUUACCAUUUAUGAAGCAUUUGCAAGUACAGUGUCUCCCGUCAUCUCAUUUGAUCUCACACAAGAGUAUAUGAUAGGUUGGUGUCCUCAGUCAAAGGAAUGGCUGCCGAGUCCUUGAGGGUUAUUUGGUGCGAAUGAUGUCACAGUCAGAAGCAUCGUCUCCAGCAUCACUGUCAUCCACAAAUUUUUACUUGGUCUUACCUUGUGGACUCACAUAAUGUGAGUACCCCACGGUCCUUGCCUUAAGGAGGUUGCAGCCUGGUUCAGUUCAGAAUUGGGCAGCCAGAGUCAGAGGAUCAGAGGAGGGAGAAGGCAGCUGAGGAAGGCUCUGUGGAAUAAUCUCAUCUAGAGCCUGGAAGAUGGAGGAGAUUCAGGCAAUCGGAGAGAGGGAGGGAGGAGAGCACUGAGGUAGUCCACUGUCUGCCAGAACAAAGGUUCUUCUGUCAUCAGACUCACUACCACAAAGACACGUCCAGAAUAUCAAGGAUUGAACGUGAAGACACUGUGCUAAGAUGCCGUGAUAAACAGUGUAAGUGCGGUGGCAAGCUACUGAAUUCCAGGGACUUGAGCCCAGUUGCUGACCACUCAAGACCCAUGUCAUCUAUAGAGUGGAGCCACCACACAUUGUUGAGGAAGGCUUUCUCUGUUAUCUUGGGAGGCAGUAGAUUCUACAACUACUGCGCUAGCCUUUGUGGUUUCCACUCUUUACUGAAGAUGGCCUAGGGUAGUUCAGGAUCUCUGAAAAUGUGUCUGUGAGAUAUUAGUAAAACUUUAUGAAAAACA